ACAGUUGUAUCUUGAAACAUUCCAGUGUCAAGAAAAAAUGGAGUCCCUUAUUACAGUAAGUACCGAAAAUUUGACUAUUUUCUCUGAGAAUUCCACCAUGGCGUUUGCUGAUAUAACAAGGACGAUCGGACCUCGAGCUAUGCAGCAAAUUAUGUCUUUCAAUAAUAAAACUGUAGUGAAUAAAGUACCUCCGGAUAUGAUGCACUUAAUCGAUCCACAUUGGUAUCAGUUUCCACCGAUAAAUCCAAUGUGGCACAAAAUUCUAGGCCUUGUGAUGAUUGUGUUAGGAUUUAUGGGAUGGUGCGGUAAUGGUGUUGUAGUAUAUAUAUUCUUGAUGACACCCUCCCUAAGAACACCGAGCAAUCUUCUAAUAGUAAAUUUGGCAUUUUCGGACUUUAUUAUGAUGAUCAUUAUGACGCCUCAUAUGAUGAUCAACUGUUACUAUGAGACCUGGAUAUUAGGGCCGCUAAUGUGCGAUAUGCAUGCCAUGGUUGGUUCCUUAUGUGGAUGCGCUUCAAUAUGGACUAUGACUGCUAUUGCUUUGGACAGAUACAAUGUUAUAGUAAAGGGUAUGGCGGGAAAGCCACUCACCAUCAAGAAAGCAUUACUCGAAAUUUUAAUAAUCUGGCUCUUCGCUUCAAUAUGGGCAAUUUUACCCAUAGUGGGAUGGAAUAGAUAUGUACCAGAAGGCAAUAUGACCGCUUGUGGUACAGAUUAUCUUACUAAGGAUUGGAGUUCCAAAUCAUAUAUCUUGGUGUACUCGAUAUUUGUAUAUUAUAUGCCGCUGCUUAUUAUAAUUUACAGUUAUUAUUUUAUCGUUUCGACAGUAGCUGCUCAUGAAAGAACAAUGAGAGAACAAGCUAAGAAAAUGAAUGUUCAAUCUUUACGAUCUGGAGAUAAUCAAAAUAUAAGUGCAGAAGCAAAAUUGGCAAAGGUGGCACUAAUGACCAUUUCUUUAUGGUUCAUGGCUUGGACGCCGUAUCUGGUUAUUAAUUAUGUCGGUAUUUUCGGUAUUGCUAAAAUUAGUCCUCUUUUCACCAUCUGGGGAUCUCUCUUUGCAAAGGCAAACGCUAUAUAUAAUCCAAUUGUUUAUGGAAUAAGUCAUCCAAAAUAUAGAGCGGCAUUAAAGGAAAAAUUACCUUUCUUUGUAUGUGGCUCAACUGAAGACCCAUCUGUGGCUGCGAAAACUGCAGAAACGUCAUCUACAACUACAACGUAAUUCCAAGAAAACAAUGUAUUGUAAUUUCUAUAUAUGUGAUAUAUG